CAUUGAUCAAAUAGAGCUUUAAUUCGUCAUUUGAUGUGCAAAAAUACGUUACAUUGAGAAUAUACACGUCCAUUACGUAGAAUAACGCUUGUUCGGCCUUCUUCACGAUGUAGGCCUGUUUUGCAGGGAGUAGACCGGAGCUGCUGGAACUCAAUCUCCCGUCAGCGACUGCGGCAUCAGUAUUUCCCUGGGUGCGUCCAGUCAUGCUCCACAGAGUGUAUAGUAUCUGGUUGAACUGAGAGGAGGAAAGUUAAGAUAAGUGAACCGUCGCUUAACAUUCAGAGGGACCAUGGCUGCAAAACCUGCGCAAGGUGACUGGAAACAAUCUCGAGCACCCUCCAGAGAAGGACACUCAGCAUCACCAGAGUCUUCUCUGACCUGGUGCUUGGCUCAUCUUUCUAAGCCUGGAUCAUCUGAACAUCACGGGCAUGGCAAGGGAGACACAAGCGGUGGCAGAGAAAUGGACAAGAGGUCCAGAGUCUCUCAGUGGCGAGCUCUGGUUGCUAUCCGCACGCAGCACAUCAAGGGUGACAAGGCUGGUAUUGCCAGAUUCAGAACUCAAGGUGGUCUCCGGCCCCUGCUGGACCUGCUUAAACACCCAGAGUGCUCCAGGAAAACACUGGACCUGGCGCUGAGCAUCCUGGCCAACUGCUGCACUGAGCUGGAGACACGUAUAGAGAUUCGUAAGCUUGAUGGAAUAAAUGUUGUAGUGGGGAUCCUGAAGAGAAAUGUGGCCCUGGAGACUGUCCAGAACCGAGCAGCCCGGGCUUUGGGGAAUUUGGCCAUGGAUCCAGAGAGUUCUGCCCUCAUUCAUUCUGCUGGUGGUGUUCCUCUUCUCCUCCUCUGUGUGUCUCUUUCCUCUGCCCCAUCCUCCCCCACUGCUGCUCCACCCAAAGACCCAUGUCCUAAACUGGAGUGCGCUCAGUCAGCUGCUCGGGCCCUCCUCUACCUCUCCGAUACUCCCUCUAACCGCCUGUCACUGCUCACCCAAGGGACCUUAUCAGCCCUUGCCCCUCUCAUUGCUCCAGAAUAUCCCCAGGGACUGAGGCGGGCGGCGCUCAGGACCAUCCACGAGCUGACGCGGGGCUGUGGUGUUGAAUGUGCCAGGGAGGUGUCCCGUUCUGGGGUCCUUGCACAACUCAGUGUCAUGGCGUCAGGGGAGUCUGGUAAACCUUUUGAAGAGCUGGCACUGAAAACUCUGGCCAACAUGUGCUCCCAAGGCUGCCUGCGCCCUCUGGUGGGGUCACUGGGCGUCAUUCAGAAGUUCACAGAGGAAGUGAAAAGGGACCUGCUCAAAUCUGGAGUCUUCCUCAAGGCGCUGUGCUUGUGCUGUAAGGAGGCGGUCAACCGGGCCAAGGUGAAGGAGAGUGGUGGACUGGAGGUGCUCAUUGGCUUUUUGUCAGCCCAUCAGAGUCAUCCGCUUUCCCGGCUAGCCAUUCUGGCCUGUGUGGACUUUGUUUUUGAUGAAUCUGCCAUGGAGCAGUUGCAAGAAUUAGGGCUGGUCCCUCUGCUUGUUGCGCGACUAGUUGAGCUCACCAGAGGAGAGGAACAAUCUGCUGAGAAGAUGGAUGUGAGCAUCACGUCGAGCAUGUCUCCCACUGAGCUGCUGCCCUCAUCAUGUUUUGAAUCUUUUGACUUUCCCCCUCCUGAAGGCUACAAGAAGGAAGAAGGUGGCCGGGAGCAAAGUGUAGGUUCAUCAAGCUUUCAAAGUCUCAGGUCCUGGUUGGUGUCUGAGGGAUUGAUCUCUUCUGAGGGGGACCUGCUGGAUUCCUCUGGUGUUGACGGGGAAUGGGGGAGUCUUCAGAUCCCAGCAUCUUCAUCCCCUCAAACUUCAUCACCGAACCCUGAUUCCAGUUCCGUUAAAAUCUCUUCUUCGUCGAGCCCUACUCUCUCUUCUGCUUCUAAAAAAGCAGCUCAGCCUUCCCCUGUGUCCUCUUCAGCCCAGCUCCAACCAUCAUCCCCGAAGAAAGUCACUGAUCCACCUCCCUCUAGUCCUCAGCCCUCCAGUGCAGUCACACCCCAAAAUCAGCCCAGUUCCUCCACUGUGUCCUCUCCCACUAAAACAACCCAAACACCCGUGUCUCCGUCAAAGUUCUCAUCCCCUCACAGAAGGAGGCAGCGGGCCCAUUCAGCAGUUGCUUUGACUAAGGUCACUCUUGACACCCCUCCCUCUGCACCCCGCCAGAUGGCUUACCACCACCCUUACCACCCUGAACCCUGGACGCCAGAGUCGCCCAUCCUGCUGCUGCUGUCGCGCUUCUCCCACGCCACUGACCCAAGCGCUGCUCUGGUCAGCUCAGGCGUCAUGUCCGGCUUGCUCUACUACCUCACCCAGCACCAGGACCCCAGCAGCAGGUGCUUCAGAAUGCUUUGCCGACUGAGCUGCAACCCAAACUGUUUGCAGGCGCUGGUCCGAACGGGCUCGGUGGCAUUGAUUCGCCACCAUCUCUGCCAGAGAGAGGGAGCGUUCGAGGGAGAGGAGAGGCAGACAGACCGAGUGAAAGCCAAAAUUAAACAACUUGGUGUUGCACUUCUCAAUAAUCUGCGUGUCCAGUGUGAGUCUGGAUUUGGCUCUGGGGUUCUUGCACAUGUGAUGCUCUCAGGCUCUGAGUCAGACAAGAUGAACUGUGCGCUGUCACUGCCAUUAAUCAGCAGCAACAAGUCCCUAUUGAAGAAGCUUCUUCUGGACAGUGGUGGGCUACUCUUGGCUCUGCAGCCACUUGGUUGCGAUGAUGAUGAUGCGGAUGAGGACAACCCUGCUGAAUGUGGAAGGUUGCUUUCUGACAUGUUUAAUUCGCCACUCCCAGGCCUGACCUCUCAGCUCCACUCACUGUACCUCUCUCUCCUGAUUGGAUGCCUGUCUACCCUGACGGGUAGCAUUAAAACUGAGCUUAACAAAAAACAUGCACAUCCAAAACAGCCAGUCGGUAAAAUUGGCAGAGUUUUGCCCCCUCCAUCAAAAAAGCCUCGGCUAGCAGACGCAUGUCCUUAUGGCCUCUCGAACUUUGACCUCCUCUUGCUGCUGGACGACGGGACUCAGGUCCCCGCCAACAGGGAGGCUGUGGCUGGGGUGGGUGAGACAGACGGGGUCGGCUCUGAAUACUUUAGGGCUCUGUUGAGAGGUGGAUUUGGUGAAGCUCAGGGUAAUGCAGAAGAAGCCAUCCACAUCAAAGAUGUUAGCACGGGUAUGUUACUACCGGUGCUGCAUUACCUGCAUGGAUGUCGCUUCACCAAGGACAAAGAAACAACAAAGGAAAAGGAUGAAGAAGAGAGGGAAGGAGGGAAGUGCCCGAUUUUGGACUCACUGGUCCUUGAAGGACUGAGUAUCUGCCCAAAGGAGACAGAGGAGCGCUCCAGAGAAGAGUUAGCUUUCCAGAAAACACCUUUAGGUGAGGUGAUGAUUGGAGCGUGCCGAUUUUUGGUGACUGAGCUACAGAGAGAGUUGGAGGAUCUCUGUGUGUCUCUUCUUCUGUCCUGCUCCUCCAAGGCUGCUAGUAGAGCUGCAUCAGCUCCCACAGAAGACAACGCUGAAAAGGCUGCAUCUAAAAUGGACCAAGAGUGCCUGGAGUCUGCCGAGGAGAACCUGGCUAAUCGAACAUCUGAGCUGGAGCUGACCGGUUUCGAGAUGCAAACAGAAAAUUUACAAGGGCAGACAAAGCAACCAAACAGUUCUCCACAGAAAACACACAGUAAGAAAACCUCUCCCACUGGAACAGUUCAGAAAGUCAACAGAGGCCUCAAUACAGCUCCAGACCAGAAGGCAGUCAACAGUGUCACUUCAGUUUCCAAAUCCAGCUGUGCAUCAGUUGUGGACAAAUCACUCGAUCCAGAAGAGUUGAGGUUAAGAUCAAAGGACCUGAUUAAAGGUUCAGCAAAGCUUCUGAAAUCAGCAGCUCAGGACUCCUCUUCUUCCUCACAAGAAGGUGCAGGUGGUGGGGCUCUGGCUGUGUUCCUCCCGCAGGUAUACUGGUUUUCCCAGUGCUACAGUUACCCGGCACUGGGUCGAGCCUGCCUGUCUCUGCUGCUGGGCUGUCAGGACUGUCCUCGCCCCUUCUUGUCCUCCUCCCUUGCUGGGGAUUGCCUUCGCAGACUAGCCCGAGGGGCUGACGGCGUGGAGGCUCUGAAACAGGAUCUACUAAGUUUGGCCACAGUAUCUCUGAGUUGAGCAAGGAGCGUGUUAGAGUGGAGUGAGUGGUGGCAUGAAUUCAGAGGGCGUAGAUGAAGUGAGAGUUGACUUGAUAUGAGCUUCUAGAAAAAUUGCCAUUGUGUUAAUCUUAUCAAAUAAUAGGAUAGUACAAGUGCAGGUUAUAAUCACAACACGAUUAUCUGAAAAACAUGCUGUAUGAAUUUCUUCAGUACUAACAGAACUGACUGCUGUUCUAUUUUCAUAAUUUGGAAACAUACAUUUUUAUUCAGUUUUGCUGUAAAUUGAUAUAAACUGUAGCCCGUCCCAGCAUGACACAAUUUUGUUAUCAUUUACUGUUGUUGGAUUAACUCCUAAUGACAAUUGUAUUGUGAUUGUUUUAAUUUUAUUUUAUUUUUAUUUUGGGGGGGAAAAGUCUAAACAAAUGUCUACAGUGCAUUUGAUAAAUGUCAUUUAGCUGGAAGUACUGGAAUUAUCAGGGUUGGUCAAGGACCCAGUUGUUUAUUUUGUACAUAGAGAUAAUAUGGAAUAGCAGAUAUACAGUGUAUAGGAUUCACCUGACCCAUAUAAAUUUAUGCCACUGAAUAUAUUGUUGGAGCAUCAUUUUGCCUUCGGUUUCUUAUUGUUGGAGUGUGAUUGUGUAUGCAGAAUGGCUUGAGUGAAUGUCAGUGGGUCAUAUUGCUUCAGUUGCACAACAAAGAGUGAAAUAGCUGUUUAUUGGAUUCCCUUAAAAUUUAGUGGACACUUGCAGUCCCAUUUUUGAAUUUCCACUUGGCAUGCUAAUGUUACUAAAUGUUAGCAUUUUAAAGGUCAUGGCUGUGGCUGGUAAUGUUCUAUAUUUUUCAUAUUGUCAGCAAAUUGCAUGAAAGGCCAAAACCAGCACUGUCUGUCCGCCUCUCAGCGCUGCCCCACUUCUUUAAAAAUUGAAUUUACUUAAACACCAGGGCAAACAGACUCAAACAAGAGUAAAUAGUGCAUUUGUUUGGGACUAUUUUUAAAGGUGGUUUAAUACAAAUUUUUGCUCUAGUGAGUACUUCCUGUGGCAGGAUGGUGUCUGCGCAAAUGACUCCAAAUAUACUAUGGUGCCCAUGUUUACUGUAAUAGAAAAAAUGUCUCCAAGUGCAAUUGUGUGGCACGUGGAUGUGAUUUUCAUAGUCUGAGCUCUGUGGAAAAGACGUUUUUGCAAUAUCAGAUUCACAGUAUUUGUUAAAAGGAUAAUUUCAUUGUUGGUUUUGGUCUUUUCAUGGGAUUUGUUGGAAAUGAGAAAAAUAUAGAAUAUUACCAGACUAAUGCUUUAAAGCCAAUAUAUGCAGCACAUGAGCAUUUUCUGAGUUUGCCAACCCCUAGUGGUAGUUUCAAAGAAGGCACCAUUGGAGACAGCAGUGUGAAACAGAUGAGCCUGCUCUAUGUAACGAGAUGUAAAACCA